AUGUAUGGCUAUGAGUGCUUGAAGGGAGAAAACUCAGGCAAUGUCAUAGAUGAAAUGUCCAGUGGAAUUGAAAAACCAUUUCCAGGACUGAAUUAUGGUGCCAUGUCCAGGCGAGUGACAAGGGAGGAAUCCGGCAGUCAUAGCUACAGUAUGUUUGAGAAUGAAUGUCCAACAGAAAUUGACCUCAAUACCUCACUCAGUCAAGGAGGACCAUUGGAUCAGUCAGACUGGAUACAAAAAGUCUUGGCCAAGGAACACCAUCCUGUGCACGUACAUGCAAUGCUUCAAAGACGAAAGAGGGACACUCGGACCCGCAUGACUGACUUUGAGAGGAUUUCAUCGAUGCAAGUGGGGAGAGAGGUCUUACACCAAGCUGUGCUGAAUACUUCACUGCAUCUUUUGAGAGCAAGCUAUUUAUGAAUGAGGAUGCUUGGUUUCUUGAAUGCAGUACCAGGGUCCAUGGAGGCUUCACUGCCACUAAAAAUAUGGCUCCCAUGACACCAUUCAGGAGUUUAGAGGGGAUGAGAGAAGCAGAAUUCCCUUCACAACCCUUCUUUAGGUUUUAGUCCAUCAAGGUAGUUCAUUUUAAAUGGUAUCCUUGAGAGAUUGAAUGACCCAAUCAUUGAGACAGACAAACAUGUAUCACCCACAUCAGCCCUGAUGCUCAGAUAUCUCAUUUUUCUGAUUGCUUUUGUCAUACUAUAUG